GAAAAGAAAAAGAAGCAAAUAUUAUACAAAAUGGCUUUAAGUGUAUAAAGCCUAUCCCUGGAAUCCCUGCAACCAAAUUAAUAUUUCCUCUGAAUUCAACACUGCUUUCAGGUUGAAGUAAUCUCACAAAUAUUUAUAAUGUUCUCAGCCAAGAUGCUGAACAGAAGCAUCGGUUCUUACCAAAAUCAAUACUGUCUCAUACUGUACUUGAUGAUCCUCAUGAUCUCAUGUUGCUGCACCUAUGUUUCAUGCUCUAAUUCCAAUCUCUCUGCCACUUCCUUUUCACGGAAGAGAUGCCUUACUGACCAGAGCGUUGCUUUGUUGCAGUUCAAACAAGAGUUUGCAUUUCAAAAACCCAACUUCAGCGGUUAUUAUUAUGCUUGCUCUGUGUACCCUGAUUCUCACUAUGAAGAUGUGAAUGACUCUUAUCCGAAGAUGAAGUUUUGGAAGGCAGAAAAGGAUUGCUGUUCCUGGGAUGGUGUUGCAUGUGACUUGGAAACCGGACAAGUUGUUGGCCUGGACUUGGCCAACAGCUGGCUUGAAGGGCCUUUGCAUUCUAACAGUAGCCUCUUUAAGUUGCAUCAUCUUCAAGAGAUCAACCUUUCCUUUAACAACUUCACUUUCGGCCAAAUCCCCUCUGAGUUCGGUCAGCUUUCAAGGUUAACACAUCUCAACCUCUCUUUCUCUAUGUUUACUGGGAAUAUUCCAUCUGAAAUUUCAUUUCUUACCAAUAUGGUUGCACUUAGUCUCUCUUCUUUUAAGGAUUACGAUGAAACUAGUCUUUUAUAUCUUAAAAAGGAAGAUUUCACAAGCCUCAUCAAGAACAUGACAAAUUUAAGCAAACUUUUCCUGCACCAAGUUAAUCUUUCAUCAUCCUUACCUGAAUCCCUUGUGAAUUUAUCUUCCUUGACACAUCUGCGUUUGGGUGGAUGCGAUAUAUAUGGGAAGUUUCCAGAGAACAUCUUUCAGCUUCCUAAGCUAGAAAUUAUCUAUGUACCAUGUAAUUAUCUUCUCUUGGGAUUUCUUCAGCAAUUUCAACCUUCUAGCUUUUUGAGGGUGUUGAAUCUUGACUUCACAAAGUUUUCAGGUAAAUUACCAGACUCAAUUGGCAACCUCAAGUCCUUGAAUAGAUUGUCUCUCAGGUAUUGUAAUUUUGUAGGUCCCAUUCCUUCUUCAAUUUGGAACCUUUCCCAGCUCACAUAUCUUGACCUCUCAUGGAACCACUUCAACGGUCAUGAGCUGCCAUUUGCACUGGGGAACCUUGCAAAACUUAAUUAUGUACGGCUUCAAUAUUCUCAAUUUCGUGGCCAAGUACCCUCUUCAGUUGGAAACCUCACACAGCUGAGAUCUUUACAACUCUCAGGGAACAAUUUGGAUGGAUUCAUUCCUUCAUUUUUGUUUAGAAUGCCUCAUUUAAAUCGGCUGAAUCUCGAUAGAAAUCAGUUUACAGGCCCCCUUAGUAUUCAAAAUGUCUCUAAUUCCUCUCAAAUGAAGUUUCUGACUCUGGGAGUAAAUAAAUUAAAUGGACAAAUUCCACAGUCAAUGUUCAAGCUUGUAAACCUGGAAUUUCUUGACCUUGAAAACAACCACUUCAGCGGCACACUUGAGUUUAGCAACUUCACAAAACUCGUUAAGCUCCGUUUUCUUGGCCUUUCAGUCUCUGGUCUGUCUAUUACAAAAGUAAGCACAAAUUUUGAACUUCCAAAGCUUCGAGCGUUAGAUCUGGCUUCAUGCGACAUAAGUGAAUUUCCAAAUUUCCUUAAGACCCAAGAUCAAUUAGAGGUAUUAGACCUUUUUGGCAACAGAAUUGAAGGCGAAAUACCAAAAUGGUUUUGGGGCACCAUAGGGAAAAUGAAAUUGAUAAACCUAGACUUGAGGUAUAACAAGUUGCAAGGAUCACUUACAGUUCCACCACUGUUGACAUCGAUAUCCUAUUUUUCGAUCGUGGGAAAUAAUUUGACUGGGAUAAUCGAUCCAUCAUUUCGUAAAUGGACUAAUCUUAAAGUACUUGAUAUGUCUAACAACUACUUUGGCGGAACAAUUCCGCCAUGGUUGGGUAACUUGGGUAGUUCUCUAGAGGUAUUGGAUCUGCAUGGAAACAACUUUAGUGGAAUCAUACCCCAACAGAUAUGUUCAUAUGAUAGGUCCAGUAUGAUGAGAAUACUGGACCUCAGUCACAAUCAGCUACAAGGAAAUGUUCCACAAUCUUUGGUCAACUGCUGUAAGUUAGAAGUUCUAAAUCUUGGACACAACCAGAUAAGGGACAAAUUCCCUUUUUGGUUACACAAUUUGCCAGAGCUGAGAGUUCUUGUGUUGGGAUCAAACAAAUUUUUCGGUCCCAUAUGGCAUCGUCAAAAAUUUGUGGGCUUUGUGAAAUUGGGUAUCAUAGAUCUUUCUUUUAAUCAUUUCAAUGGAAGUUUACCAUCAGAAUACUUUCGAAGUUGGAGUGGCAUGAUAAAUGCUCUUGAUCGAGUUAAGUCAGAAAUUAUAUAUAUAGGUG